AGUUAAUGGUCAAAAAACAAAGAUGGCUUUUAUAUAAUCCCCAAAAAUAAACAGUGGGGUGAAUCCUAACUCUGUUAUGAGCGUCAUCCAGGGGUCAAUAAGAAUUAACUCAUCUUAAACCACAAUGGAGUUUUGAUCCAAGCCACAAUCAGAUUAAUGAUUCCACCACUUCUGUUUCAUAGUCUGCUCAUGUUUAGAUAUAUGCACAUGCAUUAUGUGUGUCUAUGUGGAAACUGUAGUUCAGUGGGGUGUGUCUCUCUUGGUUAACCGUGGCCUACUGUCUAUAUUUAGCAUUAAACCCUCUCCUUUCCCCUUCUGUGCUCCCCUGUGUGACCCUCACUCAGUGCUGCAGGCAUUUCCAUAUCAGAGCACGGAGAGACGGAGCUGACUUACAGGAAGUGAAAGACAGAGAGUUUGUGUUAGCUGUUUGAGUUUAAUGUAUUGAUUUACAAGUAGAGCGACAAUGUACGAGAGGAAGAGUAGACUUUAGGGUUAUGCGGGAACUCUGCUGUAGGUUGACAGCAGCUUGUUAUCCAGGUGUAGACAAUGUGUAUAUGUAGUAGUCUUUUGGCAGCCUCCCUUUCUGUGGCGUAACGAUGGAGGAUGGCGAGUUGGUCAUUCGUGUGCCAGGGCGGUCUGAGUCCAGCAGGAGUUGCGCUGCUGGCGGUGGGUUUGGGGAGACGUUGGUGUUGCAGCACAAAGAGGUUCACCACUUCUUCUUCGUCCCAUUCAGGGAGCAGCCCAUCUACAGCACGAGGGCCCACGUCUUCCAGAUUGACCCCAACACCAAGAAGAACUGGCUGCCCACCAGCAAGCACGCCGUCACCGUCUCGUACUUCUACGACAGUACGCGCAAUGUCUACCGCAUCAUCAGCCUGGAUGGCACCAAGGCAAUAAUCAACAGCACCAUCAGUCCCAACAUGACGUUCACAAAGACCUCACAGAAGUUUGGCCAGUGGGCGGACAGUCGAGCCAACACGGUGUACGGCCUGGGAUUCUCCACCGAGCAUCAUCUAGCCAAGUUUGCAGAGAAGUUCGGGGAGUAUAAAGAAGCGGCGCGGCUCGCUAAAGAGAAGAGUCAAGAGAAGAUGGAUAUGGCCAUGUCUCCCUCUCAGGAGUCUCCAGGAGGCGAGCUCUCGUCACCUUUGACCCCGGUGACCCCGCCCAUGGAAACCAUCAACGGCACAGAUGACCUCUGCGACUCGACUCCAAACUCAGACUCCCGUCCAGAGCCGUCUCAGAACGCCCUGGCCUUCGCACACAGCCCCGUCAUGACAAAACACUGGGAGGCUGAGCUGGAGGCACUAAAGGGAAACAAUGCCAAGCUAACGGCAGCUCUUCUGGAGUCCACAGCCAACGUCAAACAGUGGAAACAACAGCUGGCUGCCUACCAGGAGGAGGCCGAGAGACUACACAAACGGGUGACAGAGCUCGAGUGCCAGAGCAACCAAGCCCCAGUGAUCAAAUCCCAGAAGACUGAACUCAACCAAACCAUAGAGGAGCUGGAGAACACGCUAAGGGAUAAAGAAGAGGAAAUGGAAAGGUUGAAAGAGGAAUUGGAAAACAUGAAUGACCUAAUGGAGCAAAAAGACACCCUAACCCAGAAACUUGAGGAGACAGAGCUGCGCAGCCGGGUGCUGGAGGAGCAGCUGUCGGGGGCCGAGCAGCGGCUGGAGGAGAACCAGGAGGAGCAGGAGAGCUUCAGGAAGAGCCUGCGGACGAUGCUGGAGCUGCUGGACGGGAAGAUCUUUGAGCUGACGGAGCUCAGAGACACCUUGGCCCGGCUCAUAGAGGAGGCCAGCUAGAGGCGGAGCUGCCUCAUCUCCACAGACAGAGCCAUAUGAUAAUUUAAACCCCCAUCUCACCCACGCAGAUUCUACCCACAAUGCCCCAACUUCCUCCUUACCCCGCACACAUCCAAACUGAGACACCACACUGCCCCAAUUCUGAUUCUGAUCAAACAGGGCAGCUAAUCCCCAGAUUUACCUUGCAGGCAUCAACUCCAUGCCACCGCAGGCACUCCUGUAGUUCAUGACACAACACAGGGACUACCUCGUCCUGCCUUCUGAUUGGCUGGUGUAGGCGUGACCUUGGUUGUAUUGAUCUCUUUGGAUGCCUGUCUUGGCAUUCAGCAACUUCCCCCUAAACCCACCCACACACUUUCAAAAAGGAGUGAAACUAAAGAUCUGUGCCUCAGUGCCAUCUGCUGUUUGACCGGGAGAGCAGCAUCACAGCUUGCAGCAUCUCACACACACACACACACACACACACACACACACACACACACACACACACACACACACACACACACACACAAGCCCCUUUCCUUCCUCUCUAAACUGCCCCCCCAAGGGGAAUGUUGAACUUCAUGUGGAAAUAAUUGCUGUUAAGACUCAGAGAACUGCGCCAAAGCUGCCAAAUCCCCCCAAAAUAUUGUCCUCUUAACUCGCAGAUGCUUUGAUUCCAAAGUGACUUACUGUACAGAGAAGUGCUGAACAGAGAAACAGAGAGUUGGAGCUCGGGCUGCCAGCGGAGCAUCAAUGGAAACAGAGAAUUAAAGGACGGCUCUCAACAAAGUCGUCAGUCUUACCUAUUGGCCAGGACACACAGGGCUGCUGGGAAAUGAAGUUUGGUCUACUAACCUGCAAUGACAGCUGUAUAUCCACACCCUAUUUAAAAACCCCACAUGAUAGAUGGUUAUUGGAUCUUCCAGAGGCAUUGCUUAUGCCACACAGAAAUUUUAGAGGGCUUGCACCCAUGUUACAUUAGAGAAAUUAUUGUAUCCAGACUGCUUCCACCGUUACACCUGACCUGUCUUCCUGCCAAACUCAGUGUGGUGUGUGUUCCCCAACAAGGCCUGACCUUCGACAUAACGUGUGCCUUCAAAGCACAUAUGCGUGGACACAUGUUUGUAUAUAAUAUGUGUGUGUGAUUUGUGCUGUGAGAGAAAGGCCCUGUUUUUUGGACAUCAAGGCACACACACACACAACACACACACACAACACACACACACACACACUGAGCAAUACCAGACAGGCUCUUUAUGACACCUCUAUCUAACUCUAUCAGGUACUCUACUCAGUGGACUCAUGCAGAUAGGUCAAAACGCAGCUCAGCUGAUCCCCCCUGUCCGACAGAAAGUGAACUACUGUUGACCGCGAUCCUGUGUGGCAGCCCUGUCUGGUCGAAGACGACAUCGUGAAGGGCUUACAGAGUGUCAUCCACGUGUUCCUAAAUCUCCACCCUCAGUGAAGCUGGCCACAGAUUUUCACUCCUCACGGGUGAAUAUAGAACUGUACUCAGUUUCUAUCCUUUUUUUUUUACACAGGAUAUAUAACACUGAUGAUAUAAUACAACUGCAUAAGACAACUUUCUACUCAUGACAUUGUAAAUGAAUGGAUGGAUAACUCAAAUGCAGUAACGCCCUGCAACGGCUUAUUGUUGUGUAUUAACCCACGGAAAAGUAUUGCUUAGUUACUAUUAUAGAGUAUCCAGUAUGUAGGUAAACAAUGAAACCUCUUCAAUAUAUUUUUUAAAUGCAUACAACACAAUGUAAACACAUAGUGUACCAAAACUUCUGAAGCAGCUCCUGUACCGGUAAAAUCCAAAACUGCAUCUUUAAAUCGCUUUCUUCAAAAAUCAUUUCUAAAAAGCUAUAUUCUCACAUGAAAUGCUGCUUAUGGUAUUUUUUAAUUGAGCACCCUGUUUGCACUAUGUUAUUACACUGUUGUAACUACAUUAUAUAUCAAGAGAUUUGCAUUAAAUACUAGCACAGCAUAAUUCUGUACUUCAAAUAUAGUAAGUAGUUACACAGGUUAAUACACUGGAAUAAGACCCAUGUAAAGGAAGUUACCCAUUUUUCUUUCUUUUGGUUAAACUUUGACAGUCGAAUGACCGAGAUGGAAAACCUUGAUAUUAAUGCUAUUGUUAAUGAAUGCCUUUGUACAGUAGUGGAUAAGAAGCUUUUCAUUCUCCUGUUUUGUAACUUAUGGUAUUUAAAUGUAGGUAUUAUUAUUGUAUUUAGAGGUAUGAGAAGACUGGCAAUAUUUUUGACUAUUUAAAGUAAUUUUGAACUCAUGAUAUUAAAGAGGUACCUCAGGCUAAUGAUGUUUGCAGAUUGGUGAGACUCGUGUGUUUGCAGGUGAAAGGAUUUACCAAAUGUUGGUGACAAGCAGAGACACCUGUUGGUGCUUCAGCCAAAUGUAAUCCUUUGUUGGGUUCGAACAAAGAAAGCCCUACCAGGUCUCUGUGAAUGAGAAAUGUUUUAUAUUCAAAUACAGUGACAGCAGAAUUCAGUUUUUGCACAUCGCUUUUGUUCAGUUGUUGCUUUUUUAACAAAGACAAUAUUUACCAAAUCAUUAAACAAUGAAACAGACAAUCUAAUAAUUUGCUUUACAAGGUUUUAUUCAAAUGCAGGGGCAAGGCUGUGAAUAACAAUACAAAAGAAAGGUUUGAUUCAUGAAAACGAUAGGACUAAAGGCUGAGAGAUAUUCCUGGAAUAGUAUGUUUACAUGCUACUGUGUUAAAACAACUGCAACUUUAACACAUCCAUUAUUUUUAGGCAAUUCAUCUGAACCCAUUAUCCCCCAUUCACUUGUUUAAUUUUUCUCUUUUUUGAUAUUGCACUUGUCAAGUGUCUGACUGCCUUAUUCAGACAGCGGGUCAUAUUGUCAGCAUGUGUCCCGUCUGCAUAGGAAACUCAGAAGCAAACACACAUUUGGCUGGAAAUCUUUCUGAAACAAUAAAAACAGGAUAAAAAUGAAGCCAUAGAAUGAAAUGUAAAAUUACAGUUUGCUGAAAAACACGUGUUGAGGUUAUUUAUAGACAAAGAUCAGUGUUAAACAUCAGUACGGUGAUGGAUAGGUGAUUCACGGCAAACGUGUCACAUGCUGAGCCCAGUUUCCCAAAAGUGUAAAGCACAUUGUUACUGAUUGUUUAGUGAAGCAGCUUAAACCUUUGCGCUAACAUAGUUUGGGAAACGGCCCCGGUCGAUAAAAGUCACAUCAAGUCAGGUGAAGUGUAGGCUAAGCUUAAUUUAAUAGUUAGGGUUAGUUCUGUCUCAUGCUACAUGAUGGUAGCACCAUGAACGAGCAGAAGAAGAGAUGUGCCUCAGGUUAGCUCUGCCAGGAAAAUAAAAGACUCCUCGACAUUGAACUAUUUUCAAGCUGCAUGAAGUGACACAUACUUGCAAGUCGCUUUUUUCUACAUUGGCGCCUGCUCUCAACACAAGAACAAGAGCAAAAGCACAAAUGAAAGCUGUUUGACACAGUGCAUGCUGACAGUGUUUCAGACUAAGAGCUUAGUCGAUGAAUUCACAUGGCUUUGCUUCUUCUUGAUGUUAGCGUGAAUUCCUCUGAAGUAUCCCAUGGUCCUCUCUUACCGACCUUCCAUGACUUCUAUACAUGUUGUUCAGUGGUUUAAAACAUCUACUACAGACACAAUGUUUCACCAGUGAUUAUAAAACAAGUUGUUACUGUACAUAAAAAGUGAUACAUAAUUCAUACUAUAUAUAUCAUGAAAGUGCUGAAAACUUAUUUUAAGGAAAGAAAAAAGUAGAAGUAAAAGCUGUAAAAUCACUUGGCCAGUAAAACGUGUGUGCACAUGUUGGCUGUUAGUGAGUGAGUACAUGCGUGCAUGAGCAUGUUUUCACUUCCAGCUCUGUGAGUAACAGGCCUCCUACUGUGUGCUUCUGCCCACUGAGUGCAGAGAAAAUAAAUUAGAAGAGAGAAAGUGAAUAAGAUGGUAGGCGAAACCACAUCCAUCACAGCUGCCUGCUCCACAGCCCACAGUGACUCCCCGCAGAGAGAACCCAGCCUCCCCCAGACCAUCCAUCAUUCAAACAAGUGCAAACGGUUUCUCAGCUCUGCCGUGACUAUCCCACAUACUAAGUUCGCAAACCACCAACCCACGUCCGCCCUCACUUUACAACAAUGACUGACACUAAGCACGACCUCCACCUCGCUAACUCUGCAGGGGACCCUUCAACCGGUCCCCUCCCACGCUAGGUGACCAGCUUCUGCUCAAAAACGUUGGUAGUUUCAGCACCAAAUGAUGAACCUCCAUAUCUCCCACCAGCCUGGCCGCAUGCUGCAGUGGAACAGAUGGGUCGAUAUAUAUUCCCUCACCCAGAGAUGGGCUGAGAAUUGGGGGUAGUGAAGGUCGGAAGAGGACAGAAGCGGGGGUGGGGAUCGGAAAUGGUGCGACGGACUAAAGGAUUUAUGGUCUUUGUGCAAUGUCAGAUUAGACGAGCAGCGGUCAUCAUACAGCCGGACACUAACACACCCACAUGUGACGAGGAAAAACCAACUGUGCAGAAUACAGUCGUGUGAUUCCUUCACGGUACACUGGUUUGGUAACAGUAGUAGAGAGUGUCAGCAGACGUGAUCGUGUAAUAGUUCACCAUCGACUCUUGUUUUCAAUCCCUCACAUGACACACAAAUAAUCAAACAUACCCUUUACAUAUUUGUGUGACAGUCAUUUCUAAUGCUAUGGGGCGUGUGGAAGAAAAUCAAACACCUCACAGCACUAUGAGGUUUUCACAAAUAACUACCAUUGCAUUGUUUUGGUGUCAAAUGUGCUAUUUGCAAUUUCUAAAAGUUAAUGUAGUCAGUAGCCAGUUACAUGGCUAUUCAACAUUAUGAUCUGAUUACUGAAAUAAAACCACAGUAACAUAUUUAGUAAUAAAAACACAGAAGUCCUUCAUGAUGUUGAAUGUUAGAGCAUUUGGUGAUCUUGAGCAUGACUCAGGCCCCGGCAUAGUCACUGGGUAGGUACCUGUGUGUGUGUGUGUGUGUGUGUGUGUGUGUGUGUGUGUGUGUGUGUGUGUGUGUGUGUGUGUG